AUGAUUACACCGUUCAAGAGCAUCGAAAUCACUGUGUUCGAAAAUGAAAUGAAGAGUUGCACUUGUAACAAUUUCAAGUACAAUAACAUUGCUUGUAAGCAUGUGUAUCUGCUCCAUCGCUUACAUGCUGAAACAUCCCGUUUUAAUGAGAAUGUUGUAUCAUUUGAGCAAAUAGACUCGGUUGGUCAGGAUGGUAUGACUACUAACAUUGCUGCUGAAAACAGAGUUGUUGCUACAGAACAUUCCUCUAUGUCUCCAGAUAAUCAACAGCUGAAAUGGCCAAUCUUCCUGUUGCUUAUCGCUCUUAUAGAAAAAAUCCAUACCGUUUAAGCAAAUAAAGUGUUACUCCUUGAAAGGUAGGUUCCUCUUUGAUAAUUUAAUCACUUGUAUUGGCUGUUUAACAACAACAAAUAUUUUGAAUACUUAAUACCUUGUGCCUCAAUUUUGGGACUCCGGUACAUUUACC